AGCCUGGGCUGGGAGGCGGCGGGUGCGGGCGGCUCCGCGGCUGCGCGGGCUGCAGGCGGGGGGCGGACGCGUGCUGGCGGCGACGCAGUCCCGGCCCCGCGCCCGCGGCGCCCCCGCUGCGGCCCGAGCGGCCUGGCUGCGGGAUCGGAGCGCAGCGAUGGCGCGGUCGCGCCGGUCCUGGGCGCAGCUGCUGUUGCUCCUGCUGGCCGGGCCGGCCGCCUGUGCAGCCAGCCCGGCGGACGACGGCGCGGGCCCGGGGGGCCGGGGGCCCCGGGGCCGCGCGCGGGGGGACUCGGGCGGCGACGAGGCCGUGCCGCGCCACGACUCCUCCUACGGCACCUUCGCCGGGGAGUUCUACGACCUGCGCUACCUGUCCGAGGAGGGUUACCCUUUCCCAACUGCUCCUCCUGUGGAUCCAUUUGCCAAAAUCAAAGUGGAUGACUGUGGAAAGACUAAGGGCUGCUUUAGAUACGGCAAACCCGGCUGUAAUGCAGAGACCUGCGACUACUUCCUUAGCUACCGGAUGAUAGGGGCUGAUGUGGAAUUUGAGCUGAGUGCAGACACCGAUGGCUGGGUAGCAGUUGGAUUCUCUUCAGACAAGAAAAUGGGUGGUGACGAUGUCAUGGCCUGUGUCCACGACGACAAUGGCAGGGUCCGCAUACAGCACUUCUAUAAUGUAGGCCAGUGGGCAAAGGAGAUUCAGAGAAACCCUGCCAGAGAUGAAGAAGGAGUUUUUGAGAACAAUCGGGUCACCUGCAGAUUUAAACGGCCUGUAAACGUUCCCAGAGAUGAAACGAUUGUCGAUCUGCAUUUGAGUUGGUAUUACCUGUUUGCUUGGGGUCCAGCCAUUCAGGGCUCUAUCACCCGACAUGAUAUAGACUCACCACCGACUUCAGAGCGUGUUGUCAGUAUUUACAAGUACGAGGACAUUUUUAUGCCAUCGGCUGCCUAUCAGACCUUCUCCUCUCCGUUCUGUCUGCUUCUAAUUGUUGCCCUGACCUUCUACUUAUUGAUGGGAACCCCUUAACCACAAUGGCAGAGCCAACAGAGUCAAUGCAUUAGAAAGCCUUUAGUAUAUUUUUAAAAAAUAUUCAGUAUUAUUUUAGCUUCUAUUAUGUAAAAAAACAAAAACAAGACACAGAUGAUUCAGCUUUUUGGAAAAAAGAGCAAGCUUCUUUUCUAAUUGAAGAGUGUUGUUUAAUAAUGACCCACACUUUUAGAAAGUACUUGAAACUUUUCUAAGCACUCAUUUUCAAAUAUGUUUUCUUACUUGAGCUUUACAACAUGUCUGAGUUGGGUUGACGAAAAUGGUUAUUGCUAUCAUUAUUACACUGAUUGGAAUUUGAGACCCAAGAAGACACUCUUUUUAUGAUUCUUGUGCCAUGUAGCCUUGGCUGCUCGCAGUCAGAUAACACAUAGCGAAGCAGAGAAAGCCAGGCUUAGAAACUGUGUCUCUAAACAGUCUUCACUCUUCCAACUACAGUUCAAGAGAGUUAUUUGGAGUAAUACUAACGAGAACUUCGCUGGACGGCCCAAUUCACAGUCAGCCUUCUAGGCAGAAGAACUUUCAGAUUCCCACAGAGCAUGAAGGUCUUUAGAUAUUUACACAGCUCAUGAGGAGAAUGAUGGAGGUAACAGUGAUAUGAAAAUGGUUCAGAUUUAUUUGAAAUAUCUUCUCAACUAGUAAGUAGCUAAGGGAACACAUUUUUUUAUUGCUGCUUGGAAAGGUUAGAAACAAAACUGUGAGUAUUCCUGAAGAUGUAAAAUUAUAUUAAGGAUAAAAAAUAUGGGCAUUCUUAGAAGUUAGAAUUUGGACUCCACUACCACUAUAUUUAAUAAAUUAAGGUAUUCGUUUGUGGUUACAGCUAAUUUUGUUGUCAGAAUCAACAUAUGUUGAGUACAAUUAAAUGUAUUAUAAUACACAAAUCAUCUUAAAUAUUCAAGGCAUUUUGAUAAUAAAUUAACAUUUUUGGAGAUUGUGGAAAUUUGGAGUAGAAACCUUUUAAAGAUGACAUUUUUAAAAUUAGAAAAUGCCCCAUCAAGUGAAUUUACUUAGAGUAUCCAUUCACAUGUUCAGACUUGUAAACUGGGUUAGCCGUCAGCAUAAUUUAUACUAAUGUCUUGACUUAAUGCACUUUCUUUUUUCAAAGGAACCCAAAUGUUGCUUUACUCCAGCUGUCUGAGUUAACAGCCCGUUUAGAGGGAAAGCGUCUAUGGGUGUAUGCUGCUGAGGCAUUCCCAUUGUAGAGUUCUGGAGUCUUCUGGCUCCCCACCACACCACACCCCAUUGCUUUAAAGCUGUCUUCAACUUUGUGGGUUUUGUGAUUAAACAACACUGGAGACUGUGAUUUCUAAUGCCAUCCUUGGAAUCCAUGUCGGAGGUGAAAGGCCACUUCCCCUGUGGAAAAGGCUUUCACAUGCUUCUGGAACUGAACAAAAUGACGAAAGCAUCCCAGUUCUGUGACUUUGCACAAUUUACCACUUGCAUCCAAGGGAUGCAGGAGAAAUGAUCCUCAUUGCAGAUGGAGAGAGGUCCAGUGUCAUUGAACAAUGGCUUCAAACUCAAGUCAUCUGACUCAAGUCCCAGGCUCCACCUGACUGCAGUGGCCUCAUUACGAAGCCCACCAGCCCUGGCUGAGGAUGGCCUGUAUGUCACCUUCUAAGGUGGUUGUGUAGUGGUUGUGUAGCCGUGAGGACACUGAGUGUGCAACACCCACAUUGUAAAUAAGAAAGCAAAUAUUUUUAUAUUUCACCCCCUCGUGUAUAAUAAUUCCUCUAUAAAUAGGUUAAAACUAAAUCGAGACUCAAGCUAGUCUCUGUAGCAGGAAGAGAAAGAAUAAAUUAAGGGAUUUUCCCUCUGCUUACUUUCAAGUCAGGCUAAUUGUUUCAUGAACUGUUUUUCCUUGGAUUACCAGUCUUGCAUAUUUGUGCUUUGAACUUUCAACGAUCUCUCAUUUCCAUUAGUGUAAAAUGAGAAACACUUUGAUUACCUGCACUGCCGUCUUUUGUCACCACCCCUCACCUUGCUGGGUCCCAGCAAGACUGAAUUGCUCUCAGUUCUUCAGACCCAAUUUCUCGCUUCUCUUGACAUUCCUGUGCCCAGACAUUCUCCACUGCCUAGGCGUGCUGAACUCCUAUGCAUCUUUCAGGUCACAGCCUAAGUGUUUCUUCCUCCAAUCCCCUGGACUAAGUGGGUUCAGGCCCCUGCCAAAUGCUCUCAUAGCACACUCGGCUUCCCAGUCAUUUUACUCAUCACACUUUCCUUCACUGCUGGCUUGUCCUCCCUGCUAACUCCCUAAUGGAGGGACUACAGCUUGUUAUUCAUGAUUGUAACAGACACUCCUACAUAGUAGGUACUCAGCAAACAUUUGUUGAAUGAAUACAUAAAUGAAACUACUUCGUGGCAAGUUUGGUUCACAAAGCUUGUAUUUCACAUAUAUUGCCAGACUGGCCAACAUUUUUAUGUUCUUCCUGUGGUCAUUCUCUUAGCAAACACUGAGCUUUUGUCUUUUGAAACAUAAAUAGAAAGAUCUUUCAUAACAAUGCUGUUUUGCCCUGUAAAACAGAGUUUGACAUUUUUAACAAUAAUCACUGUUCAGAAAUGAGAAUUUAUAGACCAGGAAUGCAAAACUGAAUUUCACCAUCAUCUCAGAGAAUCAUCAGUUUAUGGACAUACUAAAGUUAAAAUUCUGUAGACUCAAAUUUCAUUAAUUCUUACCUAGCAUAGGAGAAUCAACUUCUAUUUUAUCUCGGUAGUCCUUUUUCUAACAUUGUACUUGUUAUAGGGGAGAUACCCAACCAGUGUAUUUUUGUAAAUGCCCAGGUAGAAUAAUAAUAUUUGCUAAAUUUAUUUAGUGCUGUUCUAAGCACUUUACAUGGAUUAACUCAUUUAAUCCUCACAACAACCAGAGGAAGUAGAUUCUGUUAUUAGUCCAGUUUUACAGAUGAAAAAACUGAGGCUAGGCAUUUGGCAUGAAUUACCAGUGCUGGCUUCCAAGGUGGCGCUAGUGGUCAAGAACCUGCCAACCAGUGUUGAAGACGUGAGAAAGGCAGGUUCAGUCCCUGGGUUAAGGAAGAUGCCCUGGAGGAGGGCAUGGCAACCCACUCCAACAUUCUUACCUGGAGAAUCCCCACGGACAGAGGAGCCUGGCGGGCUACAGUCCAUAAGGUUGCAAAGAGUCGUACAUGACUGAAACGACUGAACAUGUACCAGUGUUGGCGAGGGCUUGAGACACCGUUUUAUCCAAUACACUUACUUUAAAAAGGCACAUGCACACCCACUCUCCACACCCAAAUUAGCCAAGUGCUUUUUUCCCCUGGGUUAGGAAGAUCUCCUGGAGAAGGAAAUGGCAACCCACUCCAGUAUUCUUGCCUGGAAAAUCCCAUGGAUGGAGGAGCCUGGUAGGCUGCAGUCCAUGGGGUUUCGAAGAGUCAGACAUGACUGAGUGACUUCACUUUCACUUUUUUCCUCCAUUAAGCAAUUUACAAUGAAUAGGAGGACUUUUUAUAGUUAGAUUUAGGGAAAGGGGUACAUUUUACUUUCUUUUUCUUUUCUUAAAACAUUUUGAAAAAGAAAAAAUAAAGCAUUUUGAUUAUUUUGCCAUUUUAGUGCUUUUUAUAUUAUUUAAAAAUAAUACACAGAUUGGAAAAGAUUAGAAUGUAUUUGUCUUAAAAGUGACUUACCUAAAACCCGGGUCUUCCAACUUAGGGCCUAGUGCCCUUUUCUUGCUUCACUGUAGUCUCAAAGAUGAAUUUGCCAACAUGAUUUCAGACAAAAUGCAGGGGCCAUAUUUCAUUAUCUUUAGUUGGCUUCUGUCCUUAAGGAAAUUGGACAGUUUGGACAACUCAGGGAUAGAUUGCAUCCCACAGAGUUUUUUUUACUACUGUUUCUGUAAUUAAGUUUACAGUCUAUAUUCAGGAUUUUGUGCUUAAGAGCUAUUAACACUGAGGCUGUCAUUCUUAGUUCUGGCCUGAGGGUCAGCAAAGUUUUUCUGUAAAGGUUCAGAUGAUAAAUAGGCUUUAAAGGUCCAGGCUUUAAAGUCUCUCAGCUGUUCAGCUGUCACAGACAAUACAUAAACCAGUGAGCAUGGCAGUGUUCCAGUAAAACUUCACUGACACAAAUUCAGAUUUUAUAUAACUUUUACAUGUCACCCAUAUUUUUCUUUAGAUUAAAAAAAAAUUUUAAUGUAAGAACCACUUUAGCUUGCAGACCAUACAAAGAUAGGCAGCAGGUUGGCCUGUGGACUGCAGUUUUCCUACUCUUGCUCUCAGCUAAAUGACCCAGGUAUCAUGAUCAGUUGCAUAGGAUACUGCCAGUAAUGUAAGUUGUUACUAGUUAACUGUAAAAAUAUCGAUGUUAGUGAGUAAUUUGUAAAAUAAAUUAGAAUUGAUGGAUUGUUAUCUUGAUAAUGCAUUCCCAUUAGAACCUGCAUUCUAAUAUAUUUUCCAGAGUUGAUGUGAGAGAGAGAGCAGUAAAGUCAGAGCUGGGUGAACAGCAGUUUUAUUUUAUCUAGGUUGAGGCAAUUGUGAAUGGCUUUUACUGUGCCAUUGCUCUUCAUGGUGGGAUUACAGUUGACCCUUAAAGAUCACAAAGGCUUAGGGAUACUGAUACUGUCCUUUAGUGGAAAAUCCACCUAUAAUUUAGAGUAAGCCCUCCAAAAUAUGUAGUUCCCACGUCUGAGGCUCCUCCUAUCCGUAGUCCCACAUCCAAGGAUGCAACCAGCCUCACUGCGUGUAGCACUGUAAUAUUUACUAUUGAAAAAGAUCCAUAUUUAAGUGGACCUGUUCAAACUAGUUCAAACUUGUGUUGUUCAAGGGUCAGCUGUACAGUGUUUCAGACUAAUGUAUUUUCCUCUAGACAAUUUUUAAGUAUUACCUAAAUCUAUUACAUUCAUGGGAUGGGAGUGUUUUACACAUGUGACAUCACCUCCUGUGUCAUAAUGGAAGUAUGUUUGAGAACCACACAAUAGUCCAAAUGCUGUGAUGGGAAUACUUUACUGUAUAGAAUUGCUCUGUUCUCUAAACAGAAUUGGUUAUGUUUAGUGAACAGUUUGAUUAUUCUCAGUGUGUUUGUAUAUACAUUUGUGCAUAUGUGAUGAGCACUGUGUUUAUACAUAAAUGCCCAUAUAUAUAUAUACCAUUUGAAAGUCUUUGUCAGGAUUGUGUCUGUUUCUGAUCUCUUAAAUACUUUAAAACUCAAGAGGUAAAACAUUGUGUGUAUUAUAGGCAAAACUACCCUUGAGUUUAUGGUAGUUUAGUUUGUAGAAAGGAUUCCUGGGUCCUUUAUUAAACUUUGCCUCCUCCACUCAACAUUCUAUGACUUGUUAAGAAUGUAUAAAGUAUCAUUGUUGAGUUUGACUUUUCUAUACAGUUAGUUAAGAAACUAAGACUAGUGUGAACUGAGUAAAUGGCAUGUUCAUGCAACCUAGCCAUGUUUUAUAUUUAAAUAGAUUCCUUAUUCAUUUAAUCAAUUAUUUAGUUUCAAGUUAUACUUGGUUGUUUUUAUAUUUAAUAGAUGAGUAUACAUUCUUUUUCAUGGAAAUAGUGGCUAUUAGUGUGAUUUUAAAUAUGAUUAAAGAUUUAAGUGAAUCAUCAAGCUCUUUGGGAUUUUUCACUUCUACUAUGCUGAUAUUACAUUAAUGUUUUCUGUUUCCCCUGGAUAUUGGCCAUUAGGCAAAUAGCUAUUCCAUUUCAUUCUUCUGGAGAGUGAUCAAUUCUGUAGGAUUAUGGGGUGUUGUGGUGGUUGUGGCAUUCACCCAGAUCAGUAAAGCCGUUAUCUUUUCAUCAGAUAGAAUGUCCUGACCACCUGGAAGUGUAAAUGCAACUUCUCCACAUGCCUUAUUCCCCCAGAUGCGCUGAUAUGCUGGAACAAUCUGGCUCCAGAAGUGUUAAUAAUACUUUUUUGAGACUUGUCUAUCAAAUACUAUUUUGUAAGAACUAUGCCUUUAAAUAGACAUUGAUGGGUUAUAUUUGUUUUAUAAUAAUUGUGUACCUAAUGUUCACUUGUGAUUGAUUUUGAGAUUUAUGUAUAUUUAUAAGCCUGUCCUAUGUGAAUUUUUACUCUAUGAUGUGUGGUAUCUUACUAAUAAAGACAUGGAUUUCUAUUUAUGUAAAGUAAUUGUAGCAAUAUUCCUAGAUGCUUCCUAAGUGAUUGUUCUGCCCAUCUGACAUCACAAAUACUCCAAUCUUUAGAGGAUUAUGUUAGAGUUAGAAUAUAUUAACUAGAUUUAAACUUUAAAAUAUAGAUUCUCAACAUGGUUUGAAAUUCUUCAGUUGAUGUCAUUAAAGUUUGUAAUUCUUUACUGCUUUACUCUGA